GUAUCGUUGGCGAUGCGGAAUGCCAAGGCCUCGAUCCAGGUGUGCGCACAGUCGCUCCAAGCACGCUUUGCGCUGCGGAAGAUGCUCAUGCGCGGCCAAGACCUCUCUAACCAACAAAUGGAGUUUGUCGUCAAGUACCUCCAGCAAGAGACAUCGAUUCACCGCUUGGGGUGGUGGCAGCUCCUGACGCACACGGAAAAGCUCGCGCUGGCCCAAGAAGUCCAAUUAAAGACAAUCGAGAAAGGGCAGCGCGUCACGAUCCUCACCCGCGCCAACAACGAAGCCAACGUCGUUUUGCGCGGCCGCGCCGAGUGCUUUCUGCUCGAGUCGCAGCAGUUCAAACCCGCCAUCAACAACGAUGGGUUUGUCUUUGGCAAUCUCAAAAUCACAAACACCACGUACUCGGACGCCAACCCCGCGGGGUGGGCCGCCGCGUCGGCAGAAAUGCGUCUCUGCCCUUAUCAAAAGGUCGUGCUGGUGGGGCCCGCCGACUACUUGAUCGUGACGGCCAACUUCACCAUUAACGGCGCCGUGGAAAAAGUUGCCAACGUGACAAAAAACCACGGCCUCGCACGCUACGGCUUGGACGCUCUAUCGCCCUUUGCCCGACUCCACACGUACGACGCAGGCUGCCACAUUGUCCAUCAGGGCGACGCCAAGUCGUACCUGUACUUUAUCACGUCGGGCGCGUGCAAGGCUUCGUACAAGGUCCCGUCGGCGCUUGAAGGACCGAGCGACCGGUCGUUUGCGCUCGCCAAUGCCAACGGCGUCGACGUCGCGCUACUGGGCCCGCAGUCGUACAUUGGAGAUAUUGCCUGCCUCUUUGACUUGCCCGAACCCGUCACCGUGACUUGCCUCUCGGACGUCGACGUGGUCUACUUCAACUUGCAAGAGCUCUACGACGUGCUCAAAACCUCGGACGACUUGAAGCGCCGGCUUGUGGUCGUCGCCCACCAGACGCUCGCUUUUGUCCUCGAACGCAUGGGAUUCCUCCUCGGUGACAAAUGGACGACCGAGUCACCAAGCUUCAACGAGCUCCAUACGUUCUUGAGCCAUCACACCCUGCCCUACUUGCCGCCGUUCGAAGACGAGGCAAAGCGACUACCAAGUGCGGCCAAGAGCAGCGGCAACAACAACAGGAGCGAGACGCCGAGCGCACUCGACGCAACGCCGCGCUCGGCGAUGCUGGCUGAGUUCAAGCACGUGUACGUGAACUCGAAGCUCGUCAUCGGCACGGCUUUGCUUUGUAGCAACAUGGCGGCGGUCGAGCCCAUUGAGCCGACACGCGAUAUGCUCGUGGCCAUGCACAGCAUGCACUCGACGUUUCGAACCAAGUCGUUGGCGUCGCAUGGGUACGCCUUGAUGCACCCCGCCGCGCCAGCCAUCCACAGCAGCGAGCUCCCGUUGCCGCCCAAGACUGCCCAGCACAGAAAACAUUUUUUGUUUCCAACCAUGACCAAGCAGCGCCAGUACCACGGACGGUAUGAUCUCUCGGUCCGUGUUCCAGCUCAGGAUGCGGCGUAG